AUGGGUUCAAUCAGCGCCACAUCCCCUGACUACCAGGUCGGCUCCCUUGAAGGAAAGGUUGCACUCGUUACCGGGUCUGGCCGUGGAAUCGGACGAGGCAUCGCCUUAGGCCUUGCCCAGCGAGGAGCUUCAGUCGUUGUCAACUAUGCAAACACAGCGAAGGGUGCCCAGGAGACUGUUUCACAGAUUGAGCAGCUGGGAAGAAAAGCGUUCGCGAUAAAAGCCGAUGUAACGAAGGUGUCUGAAGUCGAGCGGCUCUUCAAGGAGGCCGUGGCGCACUUCGGCCGCAUCGAUAUUGUCAUGUCAAACUCGGGAACGGAGAACUUCAAGUCGGCCGACCAGAUCACAGAAGCGGAUUAUGACAAGGUUUUCAGCCUCAACACCAAAGCUCAGUUUUUCGUCGCGCAGCAAGCUUAUAUCCAUAUGGAGAAAGGAGGAAGAAUCAUCCUUAUGUCGUCGAUUGCCGCUACCAUGUCUGGGGUUCCCAACCACGCCCUCUACGCAGGAAGCAAAGCCGCAGUGGAAGGCUUCACUCGCAGCUUUUCAGCAGACUGUGGCCCUACCAAGAGCAUAACUGUCAACGCUAUCGCCCCCGGCGGAGUAAAGACGGACAUGUUCGACGAGAAUGCCUGGCAUUAUUCCCCAGGAGCCACCCCGGAAUCAUCUCCGGAAUCCAUCGAAGCUGGCAUUGCAAAGAUGUGUCCUCUGAAGCGAUGCGCAGUGCCUGAAGACAUUGCCAGAGUCGUUGCCUUCUUGGCGAGUAAGGAGAGCGAGUGGAUCAACGGCCAGAUUAUUAAAUUGAGUGGAGGAUCGAAUGCAUAA